AUGGCACAGCCCGUGCCUCAUCAGCCCACCGACAAGAAGCGCGUCAAGGUCUACGAGCUGCGCAACAAUGACUGGUUUGACCGAGGCACCGGUUUCUGCACCGCAUCUUUCGCGACGACCGAAGAUGGCCGGAAAGACCCCCGGGUCAUUGUGGAAUCUGAGGAUCAGCCCGAGCGUCUCCUCCUAGAGACCAAGAUCCAGAAGGAGGAUGGCUUCCAGAAGCAGCAAGAAACCCUCAUCGUCUGGCAAGAACCCGGUAGUGGUGUGGAUAUGGCCCUCAGUUUCCAGGAACCUGAGGGCUGUGCAAUGAUAUGGCGAUUCGUCAGUAGUGUUCAACAAUCCUUUCACAACAAUCUAGCUGGCGCCGACGAUGGACUCUCCGACGACCUUGCUAUCGAAGUCCCCCCCACGAUUAACCUUCCCAACGCCGAACUCGGAAACCUCCCAGAGAUCGAAUCCAACAUGCGAAUCAUGAGCUCAACAGCCAAUGGUCGAGACGCUCUUGCCAAGUCCAUCAUGGCCGAGGACUACAUCGGUCGCCUAAUCCCCUUGGUUGAGAUAGCUGAAGACCUCGAGAGUCUGCAGGACCUGCAUCGGUUAUGUAACAUCAUGAAGACGAUUAUUCUCCUUAACGACACCUCGAUUAUCGAACAUGCCGUAUCAGACGAAUGCGUAUUGGGAGUUGUUGGUGCGCUGGAAUACGAUCCCGAUUUCCCGAGCCACAAGGCCAACCAUCGUCACUGGCUGGACAACCAAGGUCGAUACAAGGAGGUGGUUCCGAUUGAGGAUGAGCAGACCCGGAGGAAAAUCCACCAGACCUACCGCCUUCAGUAUCUCAAGGACGUUGUCCUCGCCCGAAUCCUUGAUGAUCCGACCUUUUCCGUCCUCAACUCCCUCAUCUUUUUCAACCAGGUCGACAUCGUCCAGCAUCUCCAGGCGAAUGCAUCUUUCCUCAACGAGCUCUUCGGCAUCUUCAGCUCAUCGGCCCCGGACCAGAGGAGAAAGAAGGAAGCGGUUUUAUUCAUCCAGCAGUGCUGCGCGAUUGCCAAGAACAUCCAGCCGCCAGCUCGACAAACGCUAUACAACAACUUCAUCGCCCAUGGACUCCUCCAGGUCAUCCAUUUCGGUCUGCGACACGGGGACGUUGGGGUGAGGGUGGGAGCCACAGAUAUUAUGAUAUCGAUUAUCGAUCAUGAUCCACAGAUGAUUCGCCAGACUAUCUAUCGACAGAUGCAUGAAAACCAGGCGCCGUUGACGGAUUCCUUGAUUGACCUCCUCCUUGUGGAGGUUGAUCUCGGGGUCAAGUCUCAGAUUUCGGAAGCUCUCAAAGUCCUCUUGGACCCCGGGGCUCCGGUUCAGGGCACAGAAGCCUUUGUCAAGGCCAAUGGCGAAUUUUCAGGCCGGCCGCGACCUCAACCGACCAUCGAUCCCCAGCAGGAUGUAUUCUUGACUCGCUUUUACGAGCGAUCUGCCCCUAGACUGUUCAAGCCCCUGCUUGAUCUAGAGAAGAGAACGGACAUGAACUUCCCCGCGCAGCAGGCGUCCAUGUUCACGUAUCUGAUCGAGAUCCUCUGCUUCUUCAUCCGCCAGCACAACUUGCGAUGCAAAUUCUUCGUCAUGACCAACAAUAUUGCUCAGCGUGUCGCCCAGCUUCUUGAAUGCCCAGAGAAGUACCUGCGGCUAGUUGCCAUUCGAUUCUUUAGAUCGUUGAUUGGACUCCAGGACGAGUUCUAUGUUAGACAUUUAACCGAGAAGCAGGUUUUGGGGCCGAUCCUUGACGUUUUGAUUGAGACAAUGCCAAGAGACAACCUCCUCAGCUCAGCAUCGCUGGAGUUCUUUGAGUACAUCAAGAAGGAGAACUUGAAGGACCUCGUCAAGUACCUCGUCGUCAAUUUUCGGGACCGACUACUAAGUCUCGACUACAUGCCGACAUUCCGAGACAUCAUUCUCCGGUACGACCAGACACAGGGGUACACCUCCAACAUGGAUUACUUCCUGGACCCAGAGGAUGAGUUGGGUCGGAGACCACCUCCGAACUCGAGGCUUAUGGAGCAUAUCACUGUUGAGCAAGAACAAGAAGACUACUGGGCGUCUUCGGAUCCGGAGGACGAGGAUGAGCAACAUGGUAAGGGUGGCGAGAAGGCCCCAUCGACCAAUGGUUCUGCUGCCUCAAAGCUUCUUGUUGAUUACGCCUCCGACGAAGAGGCGGAUGAAAACGUCGACCCCAAGGCAUCACUAGAGGCCCAGCAGAGUGAAGGUGGAGCUGAAGUCACGACUCCGACUAGCGACGGGGGUCUUGGAACAGUACCGCCCCCGGAGCGACUAUCGGAGAAGCGUCGUCGCGAGGAAGAUGAGGAUGAGGACGAGUUGGGCAAGUUGAUGCACAACAAGCGACGCAACAGCGCCAGCGCCACGCCGCCUGGCUCUGGUACUCCGCACGGCGUCCUCCGAAGACGCAAGAGCUUCACAGCCGGCUCGGGUAAUGGCGCCCCUAAAAAGAUCGCUAUCAGCCUCUCCCCGUCUAUCCGGACGGGCGGCCCACGAUCUGACGAGGAGUCGUGA